AAACCAGGUGUACUAGGCAAGAGACUGUUAGCAAAGGAUUGCGUGUGUGUGUACCUGUGUAUAUGUCUGUGUGUGUGCGUGUGUGUGCAUGCGAGCCUGUAUGUUGGGGCUGAGUCUGGUUAAGAUCAGUGGUAGGUGGGGGCAUAAAUGAUACAGAAAUGUUUAAAAGUCUGAUGUGUGCAAUGGAUGAAGAAUGGGGAGGAGAGAAAGUUUCCAGCCCAGGAGCAGAAGAAAAUUCUCCCCUGCAGCAAAAGCCACAGAGACCCUGUUCAAAAACGAGGCACCAUGUAACAGCGUUUUUGACUUUUGUCAAACGUCAGCUCUUCCGGGUGGGAGACGACUGGUAUUUUCUCUUCAUUCUUGGAGUGUUGAUGGCUCUUAUUAGUUUUGCGAUGGACUGCACAGUGGUCAAACUUUUCAAAGCUCACAGGUGGCUAUACGAGCAGUUAGAAGGCAACAAUCUUCUGCAGUACAUGUCUUGGAUUGUGUACCCUGUUGCUAUGACAACGUUCUCCACCGGUUUCUCUCAGAGCUUGUCACCUCAGUCAGGAGGUUCAGGGAUUCCGGAGCUGAAGACAAUCCUGACCGGAGUUCUUCUGGAGGAGUACCUGACCUUGAAAACCUUUACAGCAAAAGUAGUCGGUCUGAUAUGCUCCCUGGCAGCAGGGAGUACAAUUUUUUUAGGGAAAGUGGGUCCCUUUGUACACAUAUGCAGCAUGAUUGCUACUUACUUGGGAAGGAUCCGAACGACAGUCACCAGGGAUUAUGAGAAUACAAGCAAGAGGUACGAGAUGCUGGUGACGGCAGCGGCCGUUGGGGUGGCAAGUUGCUUUGGCGCACCCAUCAGUGGUGUUCUAUUCAGUGUGGAGGUGAUGUCUUCCCAUUUUGCAGUGCGAAACUAUUGGAGGGGAUUCUUUGCGGCCACAUGUGGUGCAUUCAUGUUCCGACUGCUUUCUGUGUUCAACAAUGAACAAGAAACCAUCAUUGCUCUUUUCAAGACAAAGUUUCAAGUUGACUUCCCGUUUGAUUUACCAGAAACUUUAAUCUUUAUCGUCCUUGGAAUGGUCUGUGGGAUCCUGAGCUGCGUCUACCUCUACUGUCAGCGGCGGCUGCUGCGUUACAUCAAGCGAAACGCCUUCAUCCAGAACUUCAUGGCAACCGAGAAAGCUAUAUAUUCUGGAGUUAUGACCUUCUUCUUGGCAUCCAUUACCUUCCCUGCUGGACUGGGGCAGCUCAUGGCAUCCAGGCUCAGCAUGAAGGAACUCCUCUCCUCGCUCCUCGAUCAUCGGUCGUGGGGCGUGCUUUCCCAGAACGCAACGCUUAAUGUUCACACAAGAGUGGAUCCCGACAACCUCUGGAUCGACUGGUGUCACCCGACCUUCACUUUUUACGGCACCUUGCUCUUCUUCUUAUUCAUGAAGUUUUGGAUGUUGAUCCUUGCCACCACCAUGCCAAUGCCAGCUGGGUAUUUCAUGCCCGUGCUUAUAUAUGGUGCUGUUAUAGGUCGUACUGUGGGAGAACUAAUGGUUUCUAUAUUUCCUAAUGGCAUCAAGUCAGAAGGCGUACUGAACCCAAUAAUCCCAGGGGGAUAUGCCCUUGCAGGAGCAGCAGCGUUCUCUGGAGCCGUGACCCAUACAUUGUCCACAGCACUACUGGUCUUCGAGCUCACUGGGCAGAUAGCUCAUAUUCUUCCUAUUUUACUGGCUGUACUUGUGGCAAACGCCAUCGCACAGAAGUUGCAACCUUCGUUCUAUGACGGAGCCAUCAUUGUGAAAAAGCUGCCCUAUUUACCCAGAAUACAGAGCACUGAUGUUGGCUUUUACAGUGUGACAGUGGAACAGUUCAUGAACACCAAGUUCAAGUGUGUGGAUCCAAGCAGCAGCUACAGAGAUAUUCUGCAAGUGAUAACCUCCAGUUCCAAUGCCGUAUAUCCUGUAGUUGAGAAUGCAGAGUCCAUGGUGCUCGUGGGAUCCGUUCAAAGGAGCGAACUUACCAAUUUUCUUCAGACUCAAGCAGAACAGAAAAGCCGCGAAGAAAAUUUGCCGCUGAAGGAAGUGGACGAAAACCCUAAGGGAAAAUGGCAUAUUGAUCCAAUAACCUUCCAACUCUCUCCAAGUACAUCACUACAUCAGGCCCAUAAACUGUUUGAACUUCUUGUCCUUCAACACACGUUUGUCAUUUCGGCAGGCAGGGUUAUUGGCUUUGUAACCAGAACUGAGCUAAAGAAAGUGAUUGAAGACCUGGCAAACGGGCGCAUCCCAGUCAAGUCAUAAUUACCACAGAAGAGAAGAAACAUGUGCUAUUUUUUCAGGCCAUCCUGCAGUCUUGUCCUGACAUUAUUUUAACAAGAUGUUCCAUGCAGUACACAGAUGUUUACCAACAGUAAACACCCAAAGGUCGUGUGUCCUCACAAAUACACAAUUACAUUCCAAAAUGUUUAAUAAUACACUGAACUUACUUCCCUACAACAAAAUGAGUUGUGAACUAUUAAUAAUAUAAAAUAUUUAAAAAAUUAAAUGAUAAGGAUCAGGCGAGUUGUCUAAUUAGGUUUUAUGGGGGGGAACUGUAAUAAUUUAAUUUUAACAUUCAGUAUGAAAAUUUCUUGUUUUCUAAGUAAAAUGCUUUAUGUAAGGAAAGGGAAAGUUAGAACUGAUGUCAGAAGCAAAUUAUGGUCUACCCCUGCCCAGCCAAACAAGGGUCUGCUGAACUGUUGUCGCUUAAUGUUAGCCACGUUCGGAUUGGCAGGUUUAUGAGGUAAGACACCUGACCAGGGGCGAUUUCCCUCAUUCUGCCUUCCAUGUUGUGUCUAUCUGUGUUGAAAUCGGGAUUGUACAAUAUACGAUUCUAGGUUACAAUCAUCUGUCAGUCCAUUCCUUGUUGAACUAGUGUGAUUUUAUACUAUCACCUUCUUUGUUUUCUAACUCCUAUUUUCUCAGGAACUGAGUUUGAAACUUCAUUGAGCCCUUCCGAGCUUUUCUGUAGCUCUGGUCACUCACUUGUGCCUGACGUUAAUGGCUCCAUCACUGGUGGCUCUGCAUUCAGUUUCCAAGCUUUCACUCACCUGACCCUCUCCUUACAAAUGUUUGGCCUGAAAGCACAUUUCUGAAAACCCUGAAACGUUCUUGCUGCAUUAGUGGUAGGACAUCAACAAAGAAUAUUGAUUAAAUGGCGGGGCCACAGUUCCCUGAAGGAGGAAACACCAGUACCGAGGUGCUGAAGAAGGCACUUUGCAUUCUUGCCUUCCUAGGCCAGGGCAUUUAAAAGUUGGAGCAUUUGUUGCAACUAGUUUGCCUGCAUUUGGAGUAUUACGUCCACUUAUAGAAACAUAGAAACAUAGAAAAUAGGUGCAGGCGUAGGCCAUUCAGCCCUUCGAGCCUGCACCGCCAUUCAGUAUGAUCAUGGCUGAUCAUCCAACUAAGAACCCUGUACCAGCCUUCCCUCCAUACCCCCCGAUCCCUUUAGCCACAAGGGCCAUAUCUAACUCCCUCUUAAAUAUAGCCAAUGAACUGGCCUCAACUGUUUCCUGUGGCAGAGAAUUCCACAGAUUAACCACUCUCUGUCUGAAGUUUUUCCUCGUCUCGGUUCUAAAAGGCUUCCCCUUUAUCCUCAAACUGUGACCCCUCGUUCUGGACUUCCCCAACAUCAGGAACAAUCUUCCUGCAUCUAGCCUGUCCAAUCCCUUUAGGAUUUUAUACAUUUCAAUAAGAUCCCCCCUCAAUCUUCUAAAUUCCAACGAGUAUAAGCCUAGUCGAUCCAAUCUUUCAUCAUAUGAAAGUCCUGCCAUCCCAGGAAUCAAUCUGGUGAACAUUCUUUGUACUCCCUCUAUGGCAAGGAUAUCUUUCCUCAGAUUAGGGGACCAAAACUGCACACAAUACUCCAGGUGUGGUCUCACCAAGGCCUUGUACAACUGCAGUAGUACCUCCCUGCUCCUGUACUCAAAUCCUCUUGCUAUGAAUGCCAGUAUGGUCACAUUACAGGAAGGAUAUGGUUACAUUGGAGAGAGUGCAGAGGAGAUUUGCCAGGGUGUUGCCUGGAAUGGAGGACUGUAGUUAUGGGAAGAGAUUGGGUAGGUUGGGCUUGCUUUUCCUGGAGGAAAGGAGACUGAGGAAAGAACUGAUAGAGAUAUAUAAAAAAUGAGAGGCACAGACAGGAUAUACGGUCAGAUUAACGCACACAAAAUGCUGGAGAAACUCAGCAGGUCAGGCAGCAUCUGAAGGAAAGGAAUAAACAGUCAACAUUUUGGGCGACAUCCUUCGUCAGGACUGGAAAGGAAGGGAGAGGGAGCCAGAAUAAGGGAGGGAAGGAGCACGAGCCAGAAGGUGAAAGGUGAAGCGAGGUGGAUGGGGGGGGUAGGAAGCUUGGGGGGUGACUGGUGGAAAAGGCUGAAGAAGGAGCAAUCUGAUACGAGAGGAGAGUGGACCAUGGGAGAAUGGGAAAGAAGGAAGGGCAGUAGGGAGAGGUGAUGGGCAGGUGGCGAGAAAAGAAGAGGCAAGAGGAAAAGCGAGCAGUUGUCCCCCUCCUGGCAGUUGCAACCUCCAUCAGUCUAACAAAUCCAAACACGAGGAAUUCUGCAGAUGCUGGAAAUUCAAGCCACACACAU